AAAAGCAUUUUGUCGCCAAUUUCGCUGUUUCCUUCCCCAUCGGCUCCCCCCAAGAUAUAAAUACGAACCAGUUAGCCGCAGGAAAUUCAACUGCAACAAAACAAGCGCCCACAAUCUAGUAUUCUGGUUUUAAUCUUAUAUUCAGAAACAAUCCCCGCUGAUAUUUUCGUCGGAAAAGCAAAGGGAACUCGCCGGAGAAAGAAAUGGGCGAGGGCGGCAACGGCACGUUCGAAUCAAUCAGGGACUGGUCACUAAGCACAAGAUGAGAUCCGUCGCUUGCUUGUGGGCGAGCGGGAUUGCUGGCUCGAUAGCGUACAACUGGUCGCAACCCAACAUGAAGACCAGCGUCAAGAUUAUCCAUGCUAGGCUGCACGCGCAAGCUUUUACACUGGCUGCUCUGGUUGGUGGUGCUGCGGUUGAAUGCUACGAACGUAAUCAAAAUGAAAUUGCAAGAGCGAAAUGAGCACUUGAGUUUGCAAAUUUCCAGGCAGAGUGGGGGGCUCAAAUGACAAGGUUCAUGGCCCAUUUCCAAGUAGUGUAUUGUUCUAGUCCUAACGGUAUCGCCAUUGGUUGAAGAGGG